AUGAGCCCGCCGAGCCGCGGCCGCCGUUCCGAGCCGCGCGGACCCCGAGCCGCCGCCGCCGCCGCCGCCGCCUCCAUGGCCACGCCGCCGCCCGGCCGCGCGGGCGGGCCCGCCACGCCGCUGUCGCCCACGCGCCUGUCGCGGCUGCAGGAGAAGGAGGAGCUGCGCGAGCUCAAUGACCGCCUGGCGCACUACAUCGACCGCGUCCGCGCGCUCGAGCUGGAGAACGACCGGCUCCAGCUCAAGAUUUCCGAGCGGGAGGAGGUGACCACGCGCGAGGUGAGCGGCAUCAAGACGCUGUAUGAGGCGGAGCUGGCUGAUGCCCGCCGGGUGCUGGACGAGACGGCCCGGGACCGGGCCCGGCUGCAGAUCGAAAUUGGGAAGCUGAGGGCCGACCUGGAGGAGGCCAACAAGAGCGCAAAGAAGAGGGAGGGCGAGCUGACGGUGGCCCAGGGCCGCGUCAGGGACCUGGAGUCCGUGUUCCACCAGAGUGAGGCGGAGCUGGCCGCCGCUCUCAGCGACAAGCGCGCCCUGGAGAACGACGUGGUGGAGCUGAGGGCCCAGCUGGCCAAGGCGGAGGAUGGGCACGCGGUGGCCAAAAAGCAGCUGGAGAAGGAGACGCUGAUGCGCGUGGACCUGGAGAACCGCUGCCAGAGCCUGCAGGAGGAGCUGGCCUUCCGCAAGGACGUCUUUGAGGAGGAGGUGCGGGAGACGCGACGGCGACACGAGCAGCGCCUGGUGGAGGUGGACAGCAGCCGGCAGCAGGAGUAUGACUUCAAGAUGGCCCAGGCGCUGGAGGAGCUGCGGGCGCAGCACGACGAGCAAGUGCGGCUGUACCGCCUGGAGCUGGAGCAGACCUACCAGGCCAAGCUGGACAACGCCAAGCUGAUCUCUGACCAGAACGACAAGGCCGCCAGCGCCGCUCGGGAGGAGCUGAAGGAGGCCCGCAUGCGGGUUGAGUCCCUCAGCUACCAGCUUUCCGGCCUCCAGAAGCAGGCGAACGCGGCUGAGGACCGGAUCCGGGAGCUGGAGGAGACCGUGGCCGGGGAGCGGGACAAGUUCCGGAAGAUGCUGGACGCCAAGGAGCGGGAGAUGACGGAGAUGCGGGAUGUGAUGCAGCAGCAGCUGGCCGAGUACCAGGAGCUGCUGGACGUCAAGCUGGCCCUGGACAUGGAGAUCAGCGCCUACCGCAAGCUCCUGGAGGGCGAGGAGGAGAGGCUGAAGCUGUCCCCCAGCCCGUCGUCGCGCAUCACCAUCUCGCGGGCCACAUCGAGCAGCAGCGGCAGCAGCGUGUCCGUGUCCGGGCGCCUGGGCCGCAGCAAGCGGAAGCGGCUGGAGGUGCAGGAGCCGCUGGGCACGGGCUCCAGCGGCACCGGCUCGGGCAGCAGCGGCAGCAGCAGCUUCCGCCUGGCCCAGCAGGCCUCGGCCUCGGGCAGCAUCAGCAUCGAGGAGAUCGACCUGGAGGGCAAGUUCGUGCAGCUGAAGAACAGCUCGGACAAGGUGAGGCCCCCACCCCACCCGUGGGGAGGCCCGCGGGUCUUCUCGGAGCCGUGGGCCAACGCCCGUCCCCUUUGCCAGGAUCAGUCUCUGGGCAACUGGAGGAUCAAGAGGCAGAUCCUAGAAGGGGAGGAGAUCGCCUACAAGUUCACGCCCAAGUAUGUGCUGCGGGCUGGCCAGACGGUCACGGUGUGGGCAGCCGGUGCAGGGGUGGCUCACAGCCCCCCGUCCACGCUCGUAUGGAAGAGCCAGAACAGCUGGGGCACGGGCGAGAGCUUCCGGACCGUUGUGGUCAAUGCUGACGGGGAGGAAGUGGCCAUGAGAACCGUGAAGCAGUCCUCGGUGGUGCGGGAGGCCGAGAACGGGGAGGAGGGUGAGGACGAGGCGGCCGAGUUUGGAGAGGAGGAUCUUUUCCAUCAGCAGGGGGACCCGAGGACCACCUCUCGAGGCUGCCGCGUCAUGUGAACAGAACAUGCCUCAUCACACGUCUUUCUUUAUCCAGGGCCACUGAAAACUAUUUUUAUAUCAUUGGCUUCUUUAGUCCUUGGUACAUUUCUAGAGAGUUUUGAAGCAAACUGCCAGAGCGUGGGGGUGGGUCUCUGCUGAGCUUUCCUGUCGCUGGGUUUCCCUGGGCCCUUCAUCACCACUGUCCAGAGUGUUCAGUGCCCCGUUCUCACCUUUCGGUUGAGUUCGGGGCCCAGGAGCCGAGUGGCUAGCGGCCUUUGGGCUGGGAGUCCAGGGGGCCCGUCCACCGCUUCGGUCUCAGCUGCAGCCUGGGGUCAGGGCGGGAGAAGAGGCCUGAGGUGGACAGAGUGGAACUGCGCGUAGGAAUCCAAUAGUUGUUUGUUUUAUUAAGCUUUUAAAACAACCAGAUUCAGAAUCCAGGUUCUGACCUGGUAGGGGGAAGGGGCACCCUGUGGAAUUUUGGUGGCUCAGCCAACCGAGCACCGGAACAAGGGAAUCGCAGGCUUUUACCGUCAGGCCUGGGCUUCGGGGUUUGUCACAAUUUCUGCUGUGCUCUCAGGAAUUGGGGUGCGUGGGGUCGGCCUCCUGGCCCCCUCUCUGGCUGCUGGAACCUCACGUUUCUGGGGCUUUCUGCAGUUGAGUUCCUCACCUUACGGGGAUGGUUCCGUUGUAAGACUUGUCCUCAGGUCAGCCUUGAGGGGACAGGUGUGACGAACUCGGAAACAAAUGCCUUGGGCGCCAGCACUACGUCCACCUGUAACCACCGCUUCCCACCCUCCCGUCGGAGGAGGGCGACUUCAGGGCGAGACGCUGGACUCCCCGUUCUCCGACUCUGUGCCUUGUGCAUGGGGCACGCUGACUCACGUGUAUUCUUGGGCAUAUACUAAUAUCCCGGCUUCCUCUGUAACUUCUUGCUGAAGUGGUGUUUCUGAGACAGACCUGCCAGGGCCAGUUGGCCCCUCCGGGAUGUCUCCAUGUCACGGCCCAGCUUCUGGCUGCCUGGAGGCCCCCUCCCUGCAUCAGCUUACCGUCGACACCUCUGCCACGUAGAUACACAGAAAUUAUUUUUUUAACGGAUAUUUAUUUUUUUACAUCGGUCAGUACACACAUUGCCGGGAUCCCACCUCAGAGGCUCAUUCAUGCCAGGGUCACCAGGACAGUCCCCCGAGGGGGUGGCAGUGGGGGGCUUGUCUCUGUGGACUCUGAGGCCCCAGACGGCAAACUUCUUUCAGAAAGCGCAGCUCAAGUCUUAAAAGACGCAAUACUGAGCCAUGGAGGUGGCCUGCCCCAACCCCAGGCCGGGAGCAGCCCGUCUGCCUCCUUUCCCUGGGAAUCAUGGCGACAAGGGCCCGAGGCCUGAGCCCCAGGCCGGGAAAGUGCCAGUGGCCGAUAAAACUUAAGCUGCUGCUGAGUCUAGAAUCCCCUACAGACUCUGGCUUUAAGUCCGAGCAUCUUUCCAUGGCCACCUGGACCGCAGGCUGUUUCCCCUGUGGAGGGAGACAUCUCUUACCAGAACAGCUCCUCGGGGAGCUGCCCUGCCCUGGCAAUGCGUCCCCCCGCCCCCCAGUGUGCACUUGCCCAGGAGUGCUUGCAGGCCUGUGAGGUUGCAGGCUGUCUUCCUUCUCCCAGACGUAGCAGGAGCUGAGGGAGCUGUGAGGGUCUGGGGAGCCUGAUGAGGUGCUGGGAGAGUGGGGCUAGGUGGCCCUCAAGCAAGUGGGAACUGCACUGGCUACAUCCUUCAAGGUAUUUUGGGAGUCUCUGGGGAACAAAGGUCUGUCCUGGAAUUUGGGGCCUGAAUUGCUGAAGUAGUUUUGCAGGCUGGGCUAGAGGACAGGAAGGAAGGGAGAGGGCUGCCCUAGUGCCUGCAGAGCCCCCAGGCUCACUGGUAGGGGUUGUUCCCAGCAGCUGAAUUUUCUUGCCUGCUUGAGAUCUUGGGUGGAGCCUGGAAGUGGCCCAGACAGGCGCUGGGAUGCCCUUGGCUGGUGGAGGGAGGGUGCACUGGACUGGUGGCCAGUUGUGGCUGGAGGCUGGUGACGGUCAUUGGUAAUCAAGUAUUUGAAAACACGGAGCAGAGUCCAAUGUUACAAUGUCAGCCAGGGCCUGGGAAAUCGAAUUUGCAUAUGUCCUUAAACAUACUUAACUUUAAGCCACUUAAAAUGAUGCAGAAGCGAUUCUUUUUUCUAAGCCCCUGUCAUGUGAUGAGCACCCUUCUGGAGAAAACCCAUGCUUCCCAGCCCUGGGGAGGGACGGCCUGCGGGGAUGUGGCCUGUGGCCGGCAGGAACCAACCCCUGGGAGACACCAACGCCUCCCCCCGCUCCCCGCCCGCGGUCUGGGCGCUCAGCUGUUUCUACAACAGCCAAGCUCAGACUUGGGCUCGUUUUUACCCACACCAUCUACCCAGCAGUUCUAUUUAUAUCAGCAUAUCCGAGCUGGGACUGACAUUCCUCAAGGACAUUAAAGCUACUGGAAAGGUCUUAAUUCUGAGCCUGAAAGGUAUCGUCAGCACUACACGCUAGUGGGCUCGGUUUCAAGAACUCGGCUGUUUAGACAGGUCUCAGAGGUCUGUUGGUGAUUUUUACGAUGCAUGCCAAACGUGUGGUCUUUUGUUCUCUCCGAGGAUUUGUAAUACACGUUUUAUGACUGGAAACUUUUUUAUACAACACUCCAAUAAACAUUUUGGUUUUAAA